AUGAAGGGAUCAUUGCAUGAUGGUCAUCAAAGUUCAAAGGUCAAGAACUUCACUAGGGCACCAUCACUGCCUCUCUGUAACGUACUAGGCUCGGGAAUUGUCCCACCGGCUCUGGCAGGCAUUAGUAGUCUUCUGAUGAGUGCAGCAGGACUUCCAGUCUGUCUUUCAGUUCCUGCUUCUCCUAUUUUCCUUCCACCGCCAGUAAAAAAAAGAGAUUUACGCCCAGUUCCUGGAAUUCAAGGGACCAGUCGAAAAAUCACUAAUAAGAAAGCAAAAAAGCCGGAAGAAAUCAUAAAACAGUUCUUGCAAAGAGUGAGGAAUUCUCCAUUAGAGGACUGUACUCUCUGUAGAAAGACUUUGACAGAAGGAGUAGUUGGCAGAUUAUACCGAUGUGCUCAUGCGUACCAUGUGUGCUGCUUGGCAUCUCUGUACAAGCUGUAUAAUGGCAACAAGAAUGGUACUUUACGCUGUCCAAGUUGUCAAACAUUAUAUGGUGUGAAGAUAGGGUCUCAGCCUCCAGGGAAGAUGACUUUCUAUGUUAUUCCGCAUUCCUUGCAUGGGUAUCCUGACUGCGAGACUAUACACAUUAUUUAUCAUAUUGCUCCUGGAGUACAGGGACUAGGCCAGCCUCAUCCGGGAAUGAAGUUUAUAGCUCCAGACUUUCCACUCCACUGUUACCUCCCUAACACGAAAAAGGGGAGAGAGGUCCUUCUUCUUUUGAUAAAAGCAUGGGAAAGUCGUCUCCUCUUUCCUGUCCUUCCCUCACGUACUUCUGGCAUCAUAGACUCUGUGUCUAUUUCACGAAUCCCGCUCAAGACAGAGUUUGGAUCUAAUGUAACUGGGAAAGGAUUUCCAGACUCACAUUAUCUGGACAGCGUCUUGUGUCAGCUUCUGGACUGGGGGAUGUCAGCGGACUGA